AUGACCGUGAGCCACCGUCGAAACUCUGGCGUAACCCGCCCUUCGAAGAGAACCACAACUAAAGCCGAUGCCGAUACUACCAAAGUCGAUUCAGGACUGGGAAGGCUAAAGCUCCACUUGGACACCUCUAGUCUCUCUCACAAAUCAGCACUUGCUCGCAUGGAAGAAUACAUGGUUCCGAAGUAUUUGACUACAGUCCAGCCCCCUUAUCUUUCACGAACGUCCAUUACGACUCGAUUCCAUGUCCUGGAGAUGGACUUGUUUGUGGCAAGACCGUCUGCAGUGCCUUGUUCCGCCACACAACCAAAGGCUUUCAAUCUCAUGGGCACGGGCGUGUACCGCAUCGCAAAAGUGCCGGAGAACUAUAGCGUUCUCCACUUGAUUGCACUAUCAUGCUUCUUGAUGGGUUGGCCACUCAAGACGGCAUGGAGGCUAUGGGUACGAGAGUUUCAGCACGGCUCGCUGAAGCGCACGGCCAAGCCACAAGAUUGCAACGCGGUAGAGAUGUGGCUUUGUUUCGGGUCGGCCGCGCGUGACGCUUUUGGGUCGUCAGGAAACCAGUGCACGGAUCAUCAGCGACUUUCAGCGAUCAAGCUGGCCGAGGUGUGGAACCCCUAUGGCAUUGUCUCGAACCGCCUUGGUGCUUACUCAACUCAGCCCACCCAGUCUGAAGGGGAUUUAAGCAUUCGCAUACGAUGUCCUGCGGCAUGUAUCCAGAAUCCACACUUUCCUAUCGACGAACCAUUCGGGAUACAAGGUGUCGGUGCACCUCCCGCUGAUUACCUUCCAAGACUUUCUGGGAGUCAAAGGCGGCUACAAGAACGCUGUGAGACCAAAAGAUUCGAAGGUUGGCCAUUUGGCCCAAAUUUCUGGAAUUUUGUUGAUCGAGGAGUUGUUCCGGAGGUCGAUGUCGAAGGAAUUCAUCUAUGGAGAGUCGACUCUGAUGCCUUUACGAAGCGGUUGGAUGUCUUGGAGCGGAGAGCAUACGGUGAUUGGCUAACGGACAUUGAAGAACACGCAAUUGAGUUCGAUCCUGAAUUUCACGUUGCUACAAACUUCCCUGGAAAGCAAUAG